GACCGGCCAACAUGGCAGCCUCCAGAACGUAAAUUUUGACAGCGAUUGACAUUAUUUUGACAAUGUAACAACAGACAUCGAGAACACGCUUCUAAACUUGUAACAAAAAAAGGAAAAAACAACAGUAACAGUUUUAAAAAUGUCAGGGUCAAGGAGCAUCACUGCCUGUUCCAGAUCAGGCUGGGAGUCGAUCUGUCAACAUGUAGGGAAGGCAGUCGUCUUUAUUGACAACUCCAUGGUGGAAUGUCUACACUGGUGUGGAGGAGCAGGAAUGCUUCUCAAAGGUGGGGCUGUUAACAUCAAGGAAUUCUCAUCAUUUGAGAGUGGUACACAAGAAGAGAGGAAGGCUGUGUUCAUUGUUAGUGGAGUUCUCAAAGAUACUGUGGAAGAAAUAAUCAAGGACGUUGUUCGCUCCAGUCAGUUUCAGUACUGUAUCGUCAUCACUGCUGUUCCUCAGUCAUUACAUGUGCAUCUUAUGACGGAGGGGCCAGGUGAAGGCAGCACGGAUGGCGCCCUCUUUGCCCAGUUUGAGAACAAGCUCAGAAAGUGGAUGGGUGGUCCGAUCGCGGAGGCUGAGGUUCAUCACAUUCCAGUGUUUGCCGCCCCCGUGUGCCCAAAUUUAUUUGUCACACCGACCUACAGCUCACUCUUCCCAUUAUUGACCUCUGACCUGGUCAAAGUUCAAGAAGGCAGAGAACACAGGGGAGAGAAGAAAUCGGCUGAUAAAUUUGAUGAUAUUGAGCUUCACAUGUUACCAUGGGAACUUCAAACUCAAAUCAAGAUGUUUGUGUCGAGCCUGAGUGGUUUUUGUGAGCAGCUACAAGUCAGUGAGGAUGUGUAUGCAGUCGGUCACACUAGCCGGAUAGUAGCCUCUGAACUUGCUGGCCUACCCUCGGCCAAGGCCAGAAGAAAGGCUGCACAGCAUAGAGCAUCUGUCUUACUGGUCGAUCGGACGUUAGAUCUUGUAGGAGCCUCAAGCCACCUCAACAGAGAAACUCUGGCAGAUAAGCUCUUUUCAUUUCUCAAUCGUUUGCCGGGUCACAGUGCCGACGUUGCAGUUGACAUGGCAGAUGUAUACUCCCUAGGAGGGAAUCGUCAGAGCUCGUUGGAAGUGAUUUAUCCGGGUUGUCUGGCUCACCCCACGGAUUCCACAUCAUCUUCUGUCUUAUAUACCCUCAUCACAACAAAACACAAGGAAAGUUUAAUGGACGUGAAUAGACAACUGGUUGAUUGCAUCUCUAAGGAGAAACUACCCCUUAAAAUGGGCGUGAAAAUAGGAAGAGUGGGACCUGAAAUUCUGCAGACUCACCUACAACUGUUCAAGGACAAACCAGACGCUUUGCGCAGGAACACGGGGCUGUUGCAGAUAGCGUCGGCCUGCGUAGAGGCUCUGAAGCACCCAGACCAGGGUGAGUGGGAUCGUGCCCUCAGUGCUGAGAAGCUUUUCAUACAGGCCAUGGGAGAGGAAAAUGGCACACCAACCCUCGACCAAAUCUUAACCAUCUUAGAGAAAGGGCAGACAGAGCAAUUGCCACAUAGCCUGGAUAUCAUACUCCUGUUACUCAUCUUUGCGUACUCCCUGGCUGGAGAUGACAGCGUAAACUUUGACCUCGAUGAAAGGAGCUUGAAGAAUCUGUUAGUACAGGCUAUCUUAUCUGAGCAGGAGCCGUCUGAUGUCCUGACUUCUUUCACCGGAGAGAAACGAAUGGACGACUCUGUUAGGGACGCAGUUAAUCGACUCUUCGUCAAAUUGAGAUCCGUUGGGAGAGCCAGGGAUCAUCUGCAACAAUUCAGGUCCAUCUUUGAUCAUGGCAGUAUGGUUGCCCCAGCCUCGUACAACCCCUUCUUCAAACAACUCCUUGACAAUAUUUUCAGUUCAACCAAACCAGACUUACCUGAUGUUGAGUAUAAGUCAACGGGUCUCCGAGAUCUAAUCAAGACUGGGUUCAGGUUCUUUGUGAAUGUGAGUAAACCACGCCCAAGUGACCAUCCCCUGUUAAUCUUCUUCGUCUUGGGCGGGGUCACCUGCUCUGAGUUCAAGAUGAUCAAAGAAACAGUGGCUGCUCAUUCUCCAAAUACACAGGUUGUCGUGGGAAGCACAUGUGUUCUGAAACCAACAGACGUCUUGAACUUGCUACUGUGUCAAAACAAUUUACAGCCAGGGACGACGUGACAUUGAAACGCACACCAUCGUCAGAAACGUACAUCUUAAUCAGCGCUGUGAAUUCAGGGUUUUGGUACUUUUUGUCUGACGACACAAAACCCAACGUCCACAGGUUUACAUUAAACUCACACUGUUUGAAGAUAGAAAGCUUCCCUUAAUAUAUUACUAGCUGAGAUGCUGUAGUUUUUCGAGAGAUGAGUAAAACAACGUCACAAGAAUAACUAUUGUCUUCGGAGACAUAUGUUAUUACAAACUGGUAAAUUAUAUUAGAUACAUCUUCAUUCACAGUGAGUAGGGAUUCAUGUCAUAGUUAAAAACUUAAUCUACAAGACGUAUCAACUAAACCCUUCAACCGAAUGAGGUGGUCUCAUCCUGUCUUGAGCAUGUAUGCUCUAGACAGUGGCAUAACCAUAACCAGACAUUUACAUUGGAAGGGGGGGGGGAAGCAAGGGCAAAGACAUAAUUUGGUUGUGGGGAGGCUUUUUUAAGGAAAGGUAUACAUGUGGUAAUCCCCCCUAAAAUUAAUUACAGUAAUUUAUUGUUCACUCAAAGUUUCUGAACAAUUAUUAAAAAGUUAAGAUUUCAGAAGUUUUGGGACCCCUAGUAUUUUAAUCCUUCAAGAAAAAUUCUUUACCAAUUAAAUGCUGUUUAUCACUGCAUCGUAUCAACUAGAUGUGUAAAUAAAUAUAUAUUGGGAUAUGAUUCCAGAUAAAUGAAUCGUCUUAAUUUGGUUUGAUUUCACUGUUGGAAUUUAGCAUCUCAAAAAUAGUGUAUAUAACUAUUGUAUUUCAGGGAAAUAUUCGAAUAUACAGUAUACAGUGCUAAAACACAUCUGUAUAUAUAUAUGGGUACGACCCCCAUUGAUACUCAUUAUCCCUGAUGCAAACUGAACAUCUAUUAAAUCGUUGCAG